CCAUGAAUGUGACCUUUUGAUUUCUGAAACUGAAGCCUUUUCGCUCACUCUGAAGCUAAUUGCGUCUCUUCGCUUGCAUGCCCUUUCAUCUUGUAUAAAUACAGCCGCAAGCCUCGAUGCCCACAGACGUCUCGCAGAUAAUCACCAGCGCAUCGCUAGCUAGCACCACCACCGUCGUCGUCGCCCAUGGCAUUCUCGGGCGUGCCCCUGGCCGUGCUCUCCUGCCUGGCUCUGCUCGCCGCGGCGGGCGCGCGCCGGCCGGAGCCGGCGGCGCCUGGCGUGGCCGGCCUGGCGCAGCGGCUGGAGGGCGAGGGGUCGCAGCAGUGCUGGGAGGCGCUGGUGGACAUCAAGUCGUGCACGGGCGAGAUCAUCCUGUUCCUCCUCAACGGCGAGGCGUACCUGGGGCCCGGGUGCUGCCGCGCCAUCCGCGUCAUCGAGCAGCGCUGCUGGGCCACCGACGCCAUGCUGUCCGCCAUCGGGUUCACCCCCGAGGAGGGGGACAUGCUCAAGGGCUACUGCGACGCGGGCGACGGCGGCGGCUCGCCGCCGCCCCAGCGUGCUGUCGCGGCGGGCGGCGGUGUCGCUGCGCGCGAGAGCGUCGCCGCUGUGGCCGGAAGGAAGAGCGCCUCGGCGCACCGCUGAGCGUGCCGCCGCAGCUCGUGUCCACGCCCAUGCUUGCUGGAGCAGUCGCGGUCAGGUUUCUCGUGAGAUAAAAAGCGUGGGUGGCAGCCGGUGGCGGCAUUCU